AUGACCGGCCGGAGGAGGCAGGUCGCAGGACUCUCGGGCUCAGAGACGGAUCAGGAUCCGUUGGAAUUCAUGGGAGUCGAAGAAAGUCAUCGUCGCAAUUGGGCAGCGAAAGAGGAGGAGCCUACGGAGCAAGAGCUAGGCUGUGAUGACGACGGGGCCUCUUUCGGGCUCUCCAAGGCGCACUUUGUUGGCGGCACCGCAGCACCACGUGAAAAAGCUGAAGAAGAGCAGCAGCUCACACUUGGGCUGUGGUGGACGGGACUAGAGGUAGCAGACGACGACUGCAAGAUUCUGCCGGGUGUGCCUCAGCACUUACGCACUUACGUACCCGUCACUGAUUACCUCAACCUUGGCGACCUUAUCCAUCACCUUCCUUUCCCUCGGGUUCACGCUUCGCCUCAGCACACACCUACACACUCGCGCGACAUACCCACCUCAUCGAGACGUCCCUCUCCCCAAACACCCACAACCUUCAACUCCGCCGACCCAGGCUCCAAGAACCUCCAACCUACGCACGAUUUGGCCAACCUUCGAGUGCACGCCUUUCACUCCGUCACACUCGCCUAA